UUGUUGCCUAAUACCUGCUUUUUCUAUGUGGAUGAAGACGAAGAUGAAUUGCGCAUCUACGCUCAGGAAGGCAUCCUGAAACGUCUCAUGGAAGAGAAAGCGAUGAUCGAGCAGAAAGCGAUGAUCGAGCGUCAGAUGGGCAAUAUCUCCAUGGAAUGGGGCAGCGACAGCGUUCGAACAAGUAUCGAUGAAACUUCGGACAUCAUCGUUGAAAGAUUUUGA